AUGUUGUUCAACCGAGAGGUUGUGGUUGAACUAAAUAUCUCACGAGAGAGAAUGAGGUGGAAAUGUACACUGAUGAAACCAAGAGCCGUUUGUCUUUUGCUGAUGUUAUUCUUGAAAUACUCAUCCCAGGCAGAAUUAAAAACAGAAAAUAAAUGUGCUGAAGGCUACACGUACUAUGAUACGUUCUGCUACAAAAUGACGUUUACUGAUAUUUUGCCCUGGUCAGAAGCUGCAGAGGUCUGUCAGAAAGAAGGGGCUCAACUUGUAAACAUUGAUUUCUCGAACGAACAAGAACAAACGUUUCUACUUUCUAAACUACAGGGGGCUCAUUUCACAGACUACUGGAUUGAUCUACGUGAGGUCAAGACAAAAGGAAAUUGGGUGUACAGUGAUUCUUCGACACUUCCUGCAGACUUCAUGUUGUGGGGUGAAGGUGAACCAAACAGUAAGUCUAACCUCCAGUGUGCACGAAUAUCAACAAAGUUUAAUCUAUAUAUCGGGGACAUGGAUUGCUCUUCUAGCUUCCACGCCAUCUGUGAACGGUCUAUAAGCUAUUCGCUAGAAUGUUUAGGUGGGUAUGCGAUAGAAAAGCUAUGUUAUACUUUUUUGGACAAAGGUAUGACAUUUGGCAAUGCUGUUCUAUCUUGCGAACGAUACCUCUCGAUACUUGCCGUGGUAAAGAAUAAUCAAACACUUCAUGUUCUUCAAAACUUAAUUAAAUAUCGGCCACCAGGUGGGGGACUGUGGACAGAAAGAACUCAGACUAAUACUUCAGAAGAAAUCUGCGACUAUUACAUUCCUGGCCUGAAAGUGCUGAAAACUGACCAGUGUGGCGCUAAAAAGGGUUACAUUUGUCGCUAUAGUCUACCGAUUUUUUCAA